UCUUACUGAGAGACACACCACCUUUCACUUGAACCCUGUCCUCCAUUAAGAGACACAUCUUUGUAGGAACAGAGCUCAAAACUCAAAACACUUCUCCAAACUGCAAUACUACAAGUACUACUACAAAAUACUCCAGUACUGCAAGAAAUAUUGUUAAAAUAUCUUCAGAAAUAAGUUUUGUGGCUAUCAUGGCGACCAACGCACAGCUCGAGAGCCUGAGAAGGACCCUUCUGGAGGUCCGAAACCAAAAGGAGGAGCUGGUCUCAGUGAAUGCUGGGCUGGUGGAGGAGAAGGGGAAAAUCCUCAAGGCUCUAGAGUCAGAAAGAUCCAUGAGGAAAAACCUGAAGAAGGAGAUCAUCCAGAGCGAGGCCAAGUGGAAAAUAAAAGUGUCGGCUCUGGAAAAUCAGGUGAGGCGCGAGAGGGCUGCAAAGAAGGAGAUCUCCGAGAUAGAGGAGGAGCUGGAAAGGAUGAGCAGAGAGACGGAGGCCGAGUGGGACCGCAAGGAGGCUCAAAUGAAGGAAGAGAUAAAGAUCCUCCAACAGCAAAACACCGAGCUCAGCCUCAGUCUGACGGAGCUGCAGAAGAAGAAGAGAGAGACGGAGGACGAGUGCCUGGUGGAGGAGAAGGGGAAAAUCCUCAAGGCUCUACAGUCAGAAAGAUCCAUGAGGAAAGACCUGAAGAAGGACCAGAAGCUCAAGGAUGAAGAGAUCCGCCUUCUCAAGGAAAGGUUGACCCAAGACAACAACCUCAAGGAGUCAGUCACACGCCACUGUAGCUCAGAGGUCAACGGGUUCAAUGGAUCCAUUAAAGAGGAGGACGAGAGCAGGAGACAGGCCUGGCAGGACGAGGUCAACGGCCUCAAAUUGAAAAUUAAGGAUCUGACGAUGAAAACUGAGGAUCUGACGAAAAGAAAUGAGGAUCUGACAAUGAAAAAUAAGGAUUUGUCAAUGAAAAAUGAGUAUCUGAUGAUGAAAAAUAAAGACUUGAUUGAGUUAGACCGACGGGAAAAAAGCACCAUUGUGAUAAUGCAGCAGGAAGUCGUCGAGCUCAAAAUUGCACAAGAGGUCUUUGACAAGGAGUUAAGCCGGGUCGUUGUGGAAAAGAACGACCUGAUCAACAAGAUAUUAACCCUUGAAACUGAGACGUUGGAGUGUCUGGCCAAGCUAGAAAAGAAAGAGAGCGAGAUCAUCCAGAGCGAGGCCAAGUGGCAAAGAAAACUGUCGGCUCUGGAAGAUCAGGUGAGGCACGAGAGGGCUGCAAAGGAAGAGAUCUCCGAGAGAGAGGAGGAGCUGGACAGGAAGAGAAGAGAGAUGGAGGACAAGUGGGACAGCAAGGUGGUUCAAAAAGAGGAAGAGAUGAAGAUCCUCCAACAGCAAAACACCGAGCUCCGGGUUCUUCAACUCAGCCUCCAGGAGCUCGCCCAGAAAACCGACAAGGAGAAGGCCAAGCUGAGAAGAAAGGAAAAGAAGGCAGAGGAGGAGGAGUUAAAAAGACAGAGGAAAGAAAAGGAGGAGAUGGAGAAGAGAGACAAGAAGAAGAGGAAGGAGGAAGCAGAGAGAGAGAAGAAAGUGAAAAUGGAAAAUGAGAAGAGAAGGAAGGAGGAAAUGAAACAAUUGAAAAAAGAAGAAAAGGAGAAGGAGAAGAGAGACAAGAAAGAGAGGAGGGAGGAAUUGAAUUCCCCGCCUAUUACCCUCAACCGCUAGACUUUACUCUAAAGUCUGGGAUAAAGUCUUGUGUGAACUGGACAUUAUCUAUCUAUCAAUAUCCAUCCAUCCCUCCAUCCAUCCAUCCCUCCUCUUCUGAGGAGACGUGGCAGUACUCCGGGUGAUCCGGUUUCCUGCCAUGCUCCAAAGACCUGCAGGUUCAGCUGUAGAAGUGUAGGGUAACUCCGGGUGAUCCGGUGGUCCUGACAGAUACAUGAUUGAAAUAAA